CUAAGGCGGAAGUGUUGCAGUCAGCACACCUGUCCGAGGAGCCCGGAAGGUGGAGGGUAUGGGUUUGCUCCUGCCGGUCAUUGCGGGCUCUGUGCUCACUCUGCUGGUGUUAGUAGUCAGGAUAUGGCUGCUGCUAAGCAGUCCCGACAGACACCGACCUGCCCGGAAAGGCCAUGUGAGCCUGUUGGUGGUGGCGGGUUCUGGUGGCCACACUACUGAAAUCCUGAGAUUACUGAGCAGUUUGUCCACGUCUUAUUCACCAGUCCACUACGUGCUUGCUGAAACGGAUAAGAUGAGCGAAGAUAAAAUUCAUUCUUUUGAAAGUGCCAAAGUUAAUGGGACCCCCAAACCACUGUAUACAAUCCACCGCAUUCCCAGAAGCCGAGAAGUCAGACAGUCCUGGAGUUCCUCUGUCCUAACCACCAUACAGUCCUUCUUAUACUCCUUCCCAUUAACUGCCCGCCUAAAGCCAGACUUGGUCUUAUGCAAUGGUCCAGGGACAUGUAUUCCCGUGUGCUUCUCUGCUCUUCUGCUGGGGAUCUUUGGAAUAAAGAAGGUCAUCCUAGUCUAUGUGGAAAGUCUCUGUCGAGUAGAUUCCCUCUCCUUAUCUGGGAAACUUUUGUAUUACUUUGCUGACUAUUUCAUUGUCCAGUGGCCUCUUCUGCAGGACAAGUACCCCAAAUCCAUAUAUCUGGGAAGAAUCGUGUAAUAGAAAACAUGAAUGUGCUGUGCACGUGACACCACUGUAUACUCUGCAGUCAUU